UCCUUGAAAGAUUGUGGCUUGCCAAUUGUGGUGUUCUCUUUUUCCAGGUUGAGAUUAAAAGAACCAUCCCAAAAGGAUCUGCUGAUUCAAAGGAUUUUAAAACAAGGAAGAUUUUUGUUGGUGGCAUUCCAACUACCAUGACCGAAGAUGAAUUCAAGAACUUUUUCUCUAAGUUUGGGAAAGUAACAGAGUAUGAGAUCAUACGAGAUCACGUGUCCAAGCGUUCUAGAGGCUUUGGAUUUAUUGUGUUUGACAAUGAAGAAGUAGUUGAUAAUUUGCUGGCUGAGGGAAAUAGGAUGGACAUGAUGGGUACUCAGGUUGAGAUCAAGAAGGCAGAACCAAAGAAACCCUCAAACCCAGCUUCUGCUCCUGCAUAUGGUAGUAAUUCUAGGGGGCGUGGAUAUGGUGAUAGUUAUGGAGGAUUUGCCGAUUCAUAUAGCGGUUAUGACAGUGGAGGUUUUGGCCCUGCUUCUUAUAGGUCAUUUGGAUCUAGGUAUGGUGACUAUGGAUAUGGUGGUAGAUAUGGAGACUUUGGCAGUAGUGAAUUUGGUGGUUACCGUGGAGACCCCUCACUUGGUUAUUCCAGUCGUUUUGGCUCGUAUGCUGGUGGUUAUGGUGGGGGAUACAGUAGCAGUGGGCUAGGAGCAUAUGGCCGUGGAGGUGGUUAUGGUGGUUAUGGGGGAGCUGGCCCUGGUGCUGGUUAUGAAUCUGGCCCU